ACUAAUAUUAGUCGUCUCUCAACCUCAAAUUCGUUAAAUUAAAGAUUACCAAUUACAAGAACUUGAGAUGUUAGCUCUAGGCAACUCAAGCCUAUUUGUUUAGUCUCUUUGCCCUAAAUUAAACAAUAAAAUUUAAUUAUUAAUUACAAAUGUAAUUAAUUAUGUAUUCGAUAAUACCGAUUGGGAUACCGAGGUACCGAUUGGGAUACCGAAAUUAUUUAGGGUUUGGGAUACCGAAAUUAUUUAGGGAUUGGGAUAGAUUUUAAGGUAUAAUUCGGUAUUCGGGAUUUCGGGAUUUGGUAUUGGGAUACUGAUACCGUUCCGAUUUCCACCCCUACCCACGUGGACUAGGGCGGGGGCGGUCGGGUACCCACGAUCAUGGGUUUGUAUGUUUUGUAAUUUUUUAUGAACGGUUUUGUAAGUUAUUUUGUAUGCUUUAUGAAUUUUGUAGUCUAGCGAGGUUCUAGUACGUUUUCAAAGCUUUCUGGCAUAUUUGUUGUGUGGUUUGUUAUGUUUCUGGUUUGUGAUCUUCUCGAUUAAUACACCACUCUCUCAAUUAAUGCACAAUACACAUAUGUCUCAUCCUCCAAUUUUUAAUAAUGACUAGCGUGCUUCUCUUUUUAACAAUUUUCGGUAAUUAUGAUCAAUUUUUUUAAAUUAAAAAAGAUUAUCAAAACAAAUGUUUGUAUUUUUUUUUUUUUUGCAUUGAAAGGAGGCCGAGGCCGAACAGACAAAGGAUUACAACCAAGAUUGUUAAACCCCUAUCGAACCCUCGGUUGGACCCGAUCCGACCCGAGUCGAGCUUCAAAAUAGCCUUCAGAAAGCCCCCUGAUCUGACCCCAGGGAGAAGAAGAGAGAGGAAGAGGAACGAAGGAAGGGAGAUGGUGGGUGGAUCAUGGAGAUUAAGUAGAUUUAUUUUGUGAAAAAUUAGUUUUUAAUAGAUAUAUGUAAGAUAUAAUUUUUAUUUCGGUCAUUAAAUCUUUAAUUACUACCUUAUUUGUAUAUAUAUUUAGAAAAUAUCUUAAACAACUCAAACCAGCCGAACCCCAAUCAGACCAUUAAAUCUCAAAUCCCUUGCUUGAUCGGCUCAAUAACUUAAACCGAUUUGACAACUUUAAAAUUACAAAACAGAGAAAAGAGGGCUGCGUUACAACGACGCUCAAGGGAGAUGCCCAUGCCCCAUAGUACUAUCCUCUCUAAGAAAAUGUUUAUAUUAGUUGAAAGUAGUGUUAGCACACUGCUAACAAAAAUCGAGCAAUAACAUCCUCUACCCUUUCCCUCCACCUGUCAUCUUCCUCUCCAAUUUGGUAGCUUGUUGUUGUGUAUGAUUGGCCAUAAACAACGCCCACAUCGGCCAAAUUCUGUUGCUCUUUUCCCGUGAACUUCACCAACGGGGUUACUACUCUGUUUCAGGCGGGGUCAGAGGACACGAAACACAAUUCUGAAAACUUCUACCAUCCUCUUUGCUCUCACCUAACUCCCCUCCCUCCCUCCCGUAAUCUUUAACCCCCCAACACAACACAUAUCCCGUCCCGUUCAUCCAAACUUCCAGGAAACCGAAACGAGAAAUCAAUGGCGUCUCCAAUGAAUGAAGGCAAGGAGGUGAAAUCCGAAAUUGCGGCCUCGAUUCUCCCUCUCCUGAAACUCGUCACCCUCACACUAUUCGGCUCCGUUCUAGCCCAUCCCAAAACCCAAUUCAUUCCCAGGCAGACAUUCAAGCUUCUGAGCAGGCUCGUAUUCGUCCUCUUCCUCCCCUGCUUAAUCUUCACCCACCUCGGCCAAUCCAUCACCCUCCAAAAAGCCAUCCACUGGUGGUUCAUCCCCGUCAACGUCCUCAUCAGCACGGCCGCCGGCUGCAUUCUCGGCUGCCUGGUCGCCCUAGUUUGCCGCCCGCCGCCGGAGUUCUUCCGCUUCACCGUUAUAGCUACCGGGUUCGGUAACACCGGCAACAUCGCCUUCGCCGUUGUCGGCGCAGUGUGUCGUCGUCGGGGCUCCGACAACCCGUUCGGACCUGAUUGCUACUCCAACGGCGUCUCGUACGUCUCAAUUUCACAAUGGGUCUCCGUUAUUCUGGUGUACACUCUGGUUUACCAUAUGAUGGAGCCGGCGCUGGAGUUUCGCGACGAGGAUGGCGGCGGCGGCGGCGGAGGAGGAGGAGACAUAGUUGAAGUGGUUGAAGAUUCCGGCGGCGCAGAUUUAAGUCGGCCGUUACUCGCGGAAGCGGAAUGGCCGGGGAUUGAGGACCAAUUGGGAACAGAGCACAGCAAGAGUCCGUUCAUAGCCAGGCUGUUUCUCAACCACAGCACAAUUUCCGAAUCCGAAAUCCCGAUGGAGGAUCCGAGAGACCAAUUGGAAUCGAUCAGAUGCCUGGCGGAGCCGAGGGUACUGGUGAAAAAAAUCAGAGUGGUGGCGAAGGAAACCCCAAUUCACCACAUCCUCCAGCCGCCCACGAUCGCGUCGCUCCUGGCGGUAGUGAUCGGGCUGAUUCCGCCGCUGAGGAGCUGCGUGUACGGCGGCGAUGCUCCGCUAGGGUUCGUGACGGACAGCCUGACGAUGAUGGCGGGGGCGGCGGUGCCGUCGGUGAUGCUGGUGCUGGGGGGCAUGUUGGCGGAGGGCCCCAGCGACAGCGAGUCGAGCCUAGGGGCGAGGACGACGGUGGGGAUAGUGGCGGCGAGGCUCGUGGUGCUGCCGGCGGUGGGAAUUGGAGUGGUGUGGGCGGCGGAGGAGAUGGGGCUGCUGGUGGCCGGAGACCAGCUUUACCGAUUCGUGCUGCUGCUGCAGUACGCGACGCCAAGCGCGAUAUUGCUGGGUGCCGUUGCGAGCUUGAGAGGGUAUGCGGUCAGGGAGGCAUCGGCACUGCUGUUCUGGCAGCAUAUUUGUGCCGUCUUCUCCCUCUCCUUCUAUACUAUUGUCUUCUUCAACCUCCUGCUCUCUUACAUCUAGGUCCAGUUCACCUUCUUUAAUUCAUUUCCUCGCUAGCUAUGAUGAUACUUUUAAUCCCUUCUAAUUGACUUGUAUUUAUUUCAUUUUAAAUUCGAUUUUGAGUAGAGCCAUGAUGCAUUUAUGCAUUAUGCCGCCCAAGUCGCCAAUAGUAGGGAACGGCUACGGUGCUAAUUGUACAAUAGUUAGCACCGUCCUAACCAAGAGAAAAACUACUACUAGUUUGAAUUAGUGUGAUUUAACUUAGAUGUUGUAUUGAUUUUAUAAUAAUCCAUAAUGUUUUUUGCUAGUUAUCACGGUGCUAACCCCUAUAAGGGUUAGCACCUAAUCCCAUCCCCCAAUAAUAGUAUUGUUGUUCCUAGCAUUCAUACUAAUUAAUUAAUUGUUGAGGAUAAACUUAAUAGUUGAUGUAGAGAACUGUUAUGAUUAAUGGUGUCUUUUUAAGAAAUUACUUAGAAAAACUCGCUCGCUAUCGCUUCGCGUAUAACAAAGAUAAAUAUUUGGAUAAUGUCUAUUUUCUAUCAAAACUUUUUUAAGAUUCUUUUCUAUUAUUCAAAUCUAUUAAAAUUUUAUUAAUUAUCCAAAUCUUUCAUAAUGCAUCAAAAUAUUAGCCAUUUUUACGCUAUCGUUUUUGUAACUCUUUUCUUAGUUAAAAUACUAAAAGUUUGGAAUGUUGACCUUUAUGAGUCUCUUCCAAGUCAGUAUCAUGUUGCCAAGUCACUAUCAUAUUGCCAAGUCAAUAUUAUUAACAAAUUUGCUUACUAGAAGUUAACAUUUGACUAAUUCUUAGUGUUUCGAUAGGUUUAGAUAAUAUAAAAGAAUCUGAAAAAUGUUUUGGAUAAAAUAUAGACAUUAAUCAAAAUAUUUUAAAAAGUAAUGAUUUUAAUGUUGACCCAAAAAUGAAAGUCAUCUUAUUUCAUUGUUAAUCAUUCUUUUCAUAGGUUUGUUACUUACAAUAGCAUAUGGUCGAUGAACUUGCAUAGUGUAGAGGGGUCGUCGAAUAUAUUAUUUAUUUUUAAACUUCUUUCAUGACGCUAAUGUUUCAAUUGGUAUGGCUUUCUUUUUUUGGGUUUGAGGUAAUCGUGGUUCUCUUUUAUGAAAUUUUUGGACUGAUUGCAGGUUUGAGGAGGUUCAACUCGCAUUGAUCGGGUCAAAUUAGGUUAGAUACCCAUGAAUUUGGGUUGAAUUGUCUUUCUCAAACAAAAGGAAAAAGCGAGAUGAAAACACUAAAGCUAAAACUCACUACCGACUCAAAACUAGUCAAACCAAGGUUCAACUCGCUAUGACCUGGUUGGACCGAGUUUUGGACAAAUUCACACCUGACACAACACACCAAUUACAAAAACAAAUAAAACUCGCUCCCGUCGCAAACUUGUAAAAUCGGGUUCAAGUCGCUUUGGUCGGGUUGAAUUAGGUUGUAUACCCAUGCGUUUGAACUCAAUUGUCAUUCUCAACCAAAAGAAAAAAGAUAAAAAAAAAUACUAAAGCGGAUAAAACUCGCUCAUGACGCCGAACUCUCAACACUGCGUUCAACUCACUUUGACCUGGUCGACCCAGUUUUAACAAAUUCACAAUUUACCCAACCUGUCAAUUACAAAAGCGGAGAAAACUCGCUCUCGAUACGAAACGCGUCAACUAUGGGUCAGAGUUCAAUUGUCAUUCUCAACAAAAAGGAAAAUGAGAAAUAAAAAAAUUAAAGCGUACGAAACUCGCUUUCGAUCUAAAACUGGUCAACAGCGUGUUCAACUCGCAGUGAACAAUUUUUUAACAAAUUAACACUUGGUCCAACUUACCAACUACAAAAGCGGAUAAAGCUCGCUCACAAUACAACACUCGUCAAAACCUUAGAUUCGGGUCCAAUUGUCUUCCCAACCAAAAGAAGAAGAAAAAAUAAAUUUAUAAAUGAUAA